AUGGGUACUUCCAGUGACCCGCUGGCUGUUGUUGAUAGCAAUGCCCAGGUGUAUGGGGUGAAUAGGCUACGGGUUGUUGAUGCGAGUGCUUUUCCUUUCUUACCCCCUGGGCAUCCGCAGUCUUCUGUUUAUAUGCUGGCUGAAAAGAUUGCGGAUCAGAUUAUAAAUGGUGAUUAG